CACCCUAUUACUCUGCUAAAGAAAAUAAAGAUUUAAUAAUACAAUUUAACGCCGGUCUCUCUCUCUUUCUCUUUGUAGGUCUGAAAGUAUAACCAUGUUCAAGACAACCUUACUUGUAGCGGCAUUUGCUGCCUUUGCUUCUGCGAUGCCUGAACCCAACAUGUUCGAGGAUCUGAUCACGGCAGAGAUUCAGAAGGCGCUGCAGCCUUAUGACCCUCACACGGUUCCUGCGAUCCACAAUUUGAAUGUUACUCACGAUGACACCAGCCUUCUCUUCAACUUCGAAGAGGCGACGUUCUCUGGCUUUUCCGACAUUGUAUGCACGAAAUUCAAUCCACCCAUUCUCACCAAGAAGGUUGUGUUGAGCCUCAUGGAUAUAACGGCAGACUUCAAAGCAGUCAGUUACACCGUAGAAGGACAUCUAAACGGACAGCCUUUGUCGGCAUCAGGGGCAGCUGAGUUGGUUGUGCAUGGCUUCGGCGUCACUUUGACUGUCCACCUCGACAGUUACUCCCUGUCCCCCGUCUCAAUCUGCAUCGCGCCUGGAACAUGUGAUCUUGACCUUAGUGUUGAAAGCCUCGAGGCCCGAUUUGAGAAUGCCGAUGAACUGAACCAUGAGCUGGAGUCUAGGGCAGCAGAACUGGUGGAAAUCUUGCAAGCUGACAUCUUGCAGUAUUCUGAAGAAAUCGUCGCUUUCCUCAACAGCAAACUUUGCCAUCCCUAAGGAGGACUGUUUUCUUCUUCUUUGUCCACAAUGCAAUAGUUUGAUGAUGUUCUUCUUGACCUAAUUUUUAUGACAUCUAAAUAAAUAAUGAAUUGUU